AUGGAACGCCAGAGCAGUCGGCGCAGGCGACCUCCCCGCACGCCUGCGAUGCAGGAUCCAAUGACCUCCGCACCGUCUCCAGAGUUCAACUCGUCCAUACCACCGUCUUCGUCAUGGUACUGGCCACGAUAUUCUCUCCGGAUUAGGACAUUGCUCGCGUGCCUCGUGCUCGGCCUCGGAUCCCUGCUAUACGCCAGCCUCGAUCUGUUUGAGUCCCUGGCUGGCUGGGCCCCACCCCUCAAAGCCUUCCAUCCCCAACUUCAUCCCCAACUCCAAACGCUCGAGGCGCCCGCCACCCGCCCCCGCAUCGAGCUGCACCCGCAGGAUCAUGUGUACCGCGCCCCUGUGACGCAAUUUCUUGACUGGCGCAUCUCUACGGGUGACCGCAGACCAGAUGGUGUUUUAAAACAGGUUUAUCUAAUCAACGAUCUCUUCCCGGGUCCCACCAUCGAGGCCCGCUCCGGUGAUACUCUCAUCAUCACCGUCACCAAUGCCUUAUCGGAGGAUUUCCUGGCCCUCCACUGGCAUGGUCUCCAUGUAGAGAAUGCCAUGGAUGGAGCAGCCGGUGUUUCACAAUGCCCCAUCGCCCCUGGCCGUCGCUUCAUCUAUAAUGUGACAAUCCCAACUGACCAGAGCGGCACCUUCUGGUACCACGCGCAUUCAGGCACCUCGCGUGCUGAUGGAUUGUAUGGCGGGCUGGUGGUCCACGCCCCAGUGACCAAGUCCACCGUUCGCGGAUUGAUGUCGCGGGGUUCUGGCGAUGCCCAGCGCUUCAAGUAUGACAAGGAGCUCCUACUGCUAAUCGGAGACUGGUACCAUCGCCCAGGGAGGGAUGUCUUGGCCUGGUAUAUGCUGCCUGGAUCAUUUGCAAAUGAGCCUGUUCCUGAUUCAUUGUUGGUCAAUGGAGUCGGCCGAUUCGAGUGCGCGAUGGCAGUGCCCGCGCGUCCAGUGGAUUGUAUAGAUCAACAGGCCAAUUCGUCGUUUUUGGAUCUAGACCCAGAUACAGUCUACCGAAUCCGAGUUGUCAACACAGGCGCGUUGGCAGGGCUUUCUCUUGUCUUUGACCAAGAAUCUCUCGACCUCAUCCAGGUAGACAGCAUCGACGUUGCUCGUUCCGACGAACAGGAUGCCAACUCGGCUGGUGUCCUAUAUCCCGGUCAACGUAUGGACUUUGUUCUGCGCUCUUCGUCCCAGAAGCCAACACAAGGAUCGUCAAUGAUGGUUCAGUUAGAUAAAGAAUGCUUCAAAUACAUCAACCCAGCACUGACACCAGACCAAACAUUCCCCAUCAAGUAUCUCUCCUCAUCUAUCUCCAACAACACCGCCGCCAUUUCACCUCCAAUCCCGACCACUCGCAACACCCUCAGCCUCGACAAAAUCCCUUCCUCGCCAACGAUUCUCCAAGACCUCCCUGUAAAAGCAGAUCAAACCCACCUCGUUUACACCAAAAUUCAGAAAAUGGCCCGCAACCACAACAUCCCCGAAGGCUAUUUCAACCAAACAACCUGGAAACCCCAAUCACAACCCCUCGCUCCUCUCCGCACCCUCCCACGCACCGACUGGGACGUCCACCAACUUGCCCUGUCCACAGGGCCCUCCACCCCCUGGGUCGACUUCGUCAUCAACAACCUCGACGAGGGCCCACACCCCUUCCACCUCCACGGCCACCACUUCUACAUCCUCGCCGUGCACGCCGCCUCGUACGGCUGGGGCUCCUUCGACCCCUUCACGGACCCCUUCCCGCCGGGCCUCGAACCCGACCCUGCCGCCGACCUAGACUCGAACUUCCAGCCCUACGAUCUGGCUCGCGCCGCGCUGCGCGAUACAGUGCUCAUUCCCAGCCGGGGCUACGCCGUGCUGCGCUUCCGCGCGGAUAACCCGGGCGUAUGGAUGUUCCACUGUCAUAUCCUGUGGCACCUGGCCACGGGGAUGGCGAUGCUGGUCGAUGUGCAGGGGGACAUGGCCGGGUUGGUGGCGCAUGAGGCUGGGGGCGCAAUGUGUGUUUGA